AUGAAACCUCAACAAAAAGUGGAUAAAACUUUCGAGGAACUAGUCGAGGAAUCAAUUCGUCUCCCGGAAUUAAACGCUUCUAGUUGCCUUCCCAUGACAAUGACUGAAAUACUUCGCAGCUCUAAAAAGGAAAAGGACGUCACCACGAAACUGCCUAAAAUACAUAGUGGGCAAGUUCAGUUAGUCACUAUGGGCGACGGAUUUUCAAGUGAGAGAAAAAGAAGACGCGGAAAAAAAGUCAAGGCACACCGUCGCCCCGAGACACCGUCGCCUCGUGCCGUUCCAGAGAUUAACUCUAAAAGCGUGCGCGUGGCAUGUUCAAAGCAGGCUGCUAAUUCAGCCACAGAGGAAACGAAUACGGUUAAAACACAUUGGAAAAAAAAGCUUCAUAAACGACAAAGUAAAAGACAUUUAACCGAUGAGGGCGACCCUUUGAAUGUAUCAAUAACAAUUUCAGGGUACCAACAUUACAAAGAAUACAGGACAUAGAGCAGAGGUUUUGUGAAAAAUAAACAACUUUGACUCGACUUCUGAAACAUGGUCGAGAGGUGACGGCGGAUUAGUGUAGUUUAGCAAACUCGGCACUGUCGACUUCGUAGAAGGGUGCUUUUUCCCACUGCUGCAAAAACCUGACAAUGCGAAGAGGAGGUAAUAAUAUUUUAAAUCAGUAAAAAGACAGGAUACCAUAAUAACGAUAGAAACAAGAUGCAAAAACGACCGAUUGUCACUUUAAAGCUGAGUUGGUUAGAGACCUUAAGCUGAGCCGUUCGGCGUCUGAGUCCCCAGUAAUCGAUUGACAACAUUAACUGAAGACUCUGUAACUAUGCUACAAGGUGCGAUCUAAACAACAUUCAGUCAUAUUUCACAUCGUUCGAUGGACAUAUUUUGUUAUAUAUACAAGGAUUGCAUAUAUGUAAUCAAAAAUUGACCUUAAGUAAAGUUAUCCGAAAUUGUUUGGGGUUUUGGCUUAAAAGGUACUGACCACUGUACCUGCAUGGCGUUCGUAUACUCAGUUAAGAUUUCAGCUCACUCUCAGAGUUCUUUGAGGAAAGAAACACCCCACACACACCCAACAACUCCGAAGCACAUGACAAGACUUAGGUUACACGUCACGUUACGCUUUAAAUAAUCGUUCACAUUAUUUUCUUGUACAUAUCUCAUGCGGGUUGAACUGCGCGCUCACUAAUGAAAAUUUCCAGUUAAAUGCUCGUACCGUCGCUCAGACACUACAAAAUGAGAGUUUUAGACAGAAGAAAUGUAAAAUAAUUAGGCUCGUGAACGCUAACCAAAACUACUCAAAUGAGUGAGUUCAAAGACGUAAUGAAGUCUAAUAUUGCGUCACUGCUUACAUUUUUAUCGUAAUAAACUAGUAGCUGGGUUUAACGGACUUCGCUUUAUUAUUUUGCGAAUAUUAAAGAAACGCUAGAGGUGAAGUUUAAACUUUAAUCUCAGUUCCCAAUAAUUCGCUAACAACAAUUUAAGUGCUCUAAAAUUCACAGCGUGCUCCGAUAACAAACAAAUAUUUGUUCCGCAGAAGGCUUAGUAGCAUCACGCAAUCGGAAAACAGGCUUAAUCAACGUUAAAAUGAAAGUACCUAAUAAUUUUGUUAACGCUGUUCAUUGGACGAAACUGAACGAAUUGAGCGCGGCAAGCUUUCCUCAUAAGGCGAAAUAAAGACAAUAGCUGAUCAGUAUUUUACAAAGUUUACAUAUCUACCAAAUGACAGAGAAAUAAGAUUUUUGGUAUCGCGAUUAUGCGAUUUACAGAAAAACCUUUAGGGAAUACUAUUUGCCCAAAUUACAAGAUAAAACUUAUGUCAUGCUAACGCACAACUUUGGAUAUACAAUAAAGGAACCUAAAUGUCUAACGGCCUAAGUAGCACAUAUGCCUCUAAAACAGAGGAUAAUAUUGAACAAAACGUAUUAAAUGGCCCCAGGUAACACAGCGAAGAACAGUAAAAACCAACAACAACAACAAAUUUUAUUGAAAUUCAACAUUAGAACUAAUGAAAUAAUUUUCCCACCCGCUAAUAGCCUAGGGACUAAUCGAGGCGGGGGAGGAAAGACUUACAUGUACUGAACGGUGACAAAAGGUUCUAGUAGAUGGACUAAACAACAACAAGGACACUACAGGACAAUAAAUAGAGUAAACUAACAUAAAACAAAGUAAGUAAAUAACACUUACGAAGAGAGACUAAAAUCAUGUGCGUAUAUAACAACUCUUUAUAAGUCGCAAUUGACUCAGGCAUAAUAUGCAACAGGUAGAACAAAAGAUGACACAUAUAAACGAACACCAAGAAAACCAAUAAAACAUUCGAUUUAUGACAGAAAAAAGGAGAACUUUAAGGAGCACAUUCACGCACACGUUCGUCCAUCUUGGUCAGCUCACGUGACUCCUUCCAGUGAAUACUUAGAAAAAAUGAGGCCGCGAAUUGAGCUCUAACAACAUCAUAAGAGGCCAUUAUGAGUUCCGCAAAAACUCUCACUUUCAAAACAAAGCUAAGAGCAAAACCAUUCUUGUGAAAACGAGUUUUAUUUGCAUCAGAAUAAGAAUUCGUUUUCAAAUCAAAGGGUUCCGCAUUUAGCCUCGCGGAAAUGGUCUAUUUAUUGUUAUUCAUUUGCUUUAUUUAAAUACAGUGAAAACCCACGAGUAAGAACCUAAGAACCUAAGAACCUAAGAACUUAAGAACCUAAGAUUUAAGAACCUGUUAGGCUAAAAUUUAUAAAUUUAGACCCCCCUCUAUAUAAGAACCUCUUUAGCCUAAAAUUUGGGGAAAGGUUCGUAUUUUCAAAAAUCAUUUACUAAUUGCAAAAGGCAAGUUAGUACAUAUAUAAAUGUUGUUUGAUUGAGGUCAUUGAGAAAAUGUUUAUAAUAUUGUGUUUUACAGCUCAAUCACGUAUAUAAAGUUCUUUUGACUCAAGAAAUUAAAAUUCAUGUGAGAAGAGAUCUCUAUUAUGGUCAUAUUAAAAUAUAAGCAAUCAUUAGGUAUGCAAAUUUAAGGGCGCUGAUCACUAAAAUCUUCUUAGCAACGACAAAAUUUUUUUGCAAGAAAUUAAGAACCUAUUAAGAACCUUGAUAGCCUAAAUUUAUGUUAACCACCAUUUAUGAAAGAACCUGUUUAGGCUAACCCUGGAAAAUGUAGGUUCUUACUCGUGGGUUUUACUGUAUGUACUUUGUUGGUAAACGGGUAAUUGACACAAGAAGAGAAUUAAUAAUCGGUUUAGGACCAUUCGUAGCCAGUGGUAAAUUUCUUUACAAUGUUUGCAUGAAAGAAUGCGAUCGAUAAAUGCAGGUUGUUGCCUCAGCUAUGGUUCUGAAUACUUGCUAAAACAAAAUUAGGGCAUUGGAGGCUUGCGGAUUGAAGUUUUUCAGAAUAUUUCCCUACUUCAUAAGAAGAGUGUGGGUUUAUUUAGAGGAUGUAUAACAAGAGGUCCAGAUUGUAUUGAAUAUGCAGAAUCAGGAGCUCAUCUUCAUUGUGUGAUCAAUUCUCUAUAUAAGGUCUUGCAUGCAUGGGCACGGCAAUUCACAUAGAACCACCAUUCGCACCAAAAAAUCUGCAGUCAGUCAGCGAGUAGGCGGCUCUUUACAUGGAGAGAGGAAGAUCCUUCGACCAGGAAGAUCCUAAAAGGCGGAUCAUCCUAGCGCCAUAAUGUUUUCUGUAUUCGGUUUACAUGCAAAGGGUUGUACUUGUCCCUAGCGCUAGGAUCUUCUUACCUGCGAGAUAGGAAGAUCCUAGUAUUAGGAAGAUCCCAGCACCAUGUUAACUGCUUUCACUGGGAAGAUCCUAGAACUAGGGACAAACCGCGCAAAAAUGGGGGCGGGUCGUAAUGUUAACCACAUGGACCAAAAUUUCUGCACGUAAACCAAGCGAAUAGUUGUUCCGCCUUCUAGCAUCUUCCUCCAUCUAAACAGCCCCUAGGAUUUCCAGCAAUAGCGACGGACGAAAUCACAGAAGCUUCAAGCGAAAAAGGUUUAACUGCUUAACCCUUUAAGCCCCGAAAUCCACAUACAAAUUCUCCAAACUGACCUCCAUACAUUUCCUUACAGAAUUAGUUGAGAGAAUUCGAUAAGAGAUCAAAGCAUUUUUCCUCAUCACCUUUUCUUUUGCUAAUGUAUUGACAUGGUGAGGAGAAAACUGAUGUUGGUCAGUCUCGGGGCUUUAAGGGUUAUAGGACCUUGGAAGUCAUAUUUCCAAUUUGAUGCUGGCUUUUUCCUAAACAGCCCAUAAAAUGACCGAAAGUCUAGCGUAUGACACGUGACCCCAAGGGUCUGACAGAUGCGCUGUCAUGGUACGAGUGCAGCUUAUAAUUAGAGGCGCGCGUUGGUCUCGCGCGAUUCGUGUUAGACUGCGGUGUCUCCCAUUUCGUGCAAAUGACAAACUGCUAAAUAGCUGGGAGUAAAGGCUCGAGUGUUUACCACUUCCUUCAAUUCCCUCUACGGAGAGGUUCCGGGUGUGACAAAAGUACAGUCAAAAUACAUUGAGAGUACUACAAAAUAAAGAGAAAUAUUAACAGGGAAAUAGGAUUAACAUUAUUAUGAAAGACUGCAGACGUAGCUGCAGACAAUUUGCUAAGAAGAAUUAACUCAGCGAAACAGUCAGAUCAUCCCUUUGUAAAAUAACUCUACAAAUGUCGCAUGUUUUGCAUAAAAGCUCAUUUCCGUUAACGUAAUUUGCGGCCGCUAAGCGCUGCCAAAGUCUCUAAUAGGCCAGAAGUUAGAUCUCUUUCCGGUCACGGAUUCCAAAUAUGUUGAUAUAACAUGAUAAUUUACCGUGCGGUUGCUCGAUCCUUUGAAAAAUUUGCAAGGCUUACUUAUUUUCUCUGGUUUGUAUAAAUUUCUUAGGGUAUAAUGUGGUGAUCGGGGAGACCACAGACAACGUUUUAAGACUAAGAGUAACUUGUGUUACUUACGGGAUUUUACGAAUUAUUCCGGCGAGCGUUCAUCAAAUUUUGCGGCGGGGCCAAAAAACAAUCGAAAACAGGACAUGAAUCAGUUCGUCGGUGCAAGGACAAGACGCCCGAUAAUCGUUAAACAAUCCAGUUGUUUAUUUAAAAUCUUAAAUCAAGUUGCAUUGUACACAGAUGGAGCUUUAUUCUGAUAGUUUAUAACCUGUCUAUUUUUAAUGGAACAGCAUUAAAAAAAGAAUAUUUAUCUACUAUAUAUGUUACACAAACAAAAAAAAACGUUAUCCGGCUAAAGAAUUCUUUCAGUCAUCCAGAUUCCCAAAUUCUAAAUUAUAGAAAAUGGAAAUUUGUUCAGUUCUUUUCGCUGCAAAUUUAAAACAGCGUUUUAUCUGAUGAAUCGAUACACGAAUCAACUAUACAACAGCACAGGGUUUUCUAAAACCAUAAGACCGUCACAGACAAGUUACUCCUACCAUUUCGAGGCAAUUUAGAGUUAGAGGGACCUAACUUCUUUGUGCUGUCGCCUUUUAAACCCGCGGGUAAUCCCUAUAAGGAUUUAUACGGGAGGCUCCGCCCGAAAUGGGGACACUUUUAGGCUUCAGGUACAUGAAAAGGGAGGAAUGUUACUAGUUCUGAAGUAUAUGGAAGGGAAAAAAAUUCUGUCAUACCGGUUUGUGAAAAGGCCCGAAGGACUAUCAGAAACUUUUUAUGGCUGUGAAAAAGUCGCGAAAUCGUUCUGGUUUUAUUAUUUAUUCACAUUUCAAAGAAAGUGAAUUUAUAGAAGUUAAAGAAUGGAAAGUUCUAAUCUUGGAAUGUGAAAGGUGCCAUGUUUCAUUAGAUGGUAUACUGUGGUACACGAAAUACCUUCUCGUUCAAAAAUAGUGUUAACAAGGGUAAAGGAGUUGGACCUCGGGGCGCGGAGCCUACCCGUAUAAAAUUUUGUUGAGUACCUACCAACCCCCAACCAAAUAUGCCGCAGAAUGUAGGAUCUAAAGAAGACCUGAUUACCAAAAAUAUACCAAACAGGACGAAACAUUCAACCAUCCAUUGACAACAACAACAACAGGUCAGAUUGUUGUUACACGUUAUCUCGCAAAUAAUUUUAAGUAAUGGUGUCCAGCAGCAAAAGGUCAUAUUCACCAAAACAAUAGACUGUCCUUCUGAAACAAUACUCAAUACCAAGCUUCAGGGUCGUCUUAGUUUGGCAAUUGCAGAGGGGGGGGCACUCAAGGCAAACUUGGGUGGAGGUGUGUCGUCGACGCCUUCAAUCCUGACCCUUUUUAAGACAAAAAGUCGUUCGUUUCUUUAUCCUGAUUAAGAUACGAUACCUUAUUUCAAGAUCCUGAAUUCUUUUAACACUCAUGCGAGUAAGUUUUUGAAAUUAACUGCUGGAAUUAAACUGUUUUUCCGCCACAGGGAAUUCGGAUUCCGGCCCGAAUCCGGGAAAAUUUUGCUUGUGGAAUCCGGAAUCCCAAUAAAUAUUGGAAUCCGGAAUCCAAGUUCACGUGACAAAGACUGGCAUCCAGUACGCGUGUACCAGCAAUCUGAAAAUCUACGGCGUGAAAUCAAGAAUCUAAGACUGUCUUCGAUUCCCUUACACCAUACACGGGUCGAGUUUUCUGGAAAAAAAACUGAGAUCGUUGUUACCACACAUGGAGAUCGCUCAUCGUUCGAACCGCCACACUCCUUUAAUUGCCUCCGGUCUUUCCGGUCCAAAAAGACACCAGGCUAAGAGGCUAAAUAGUGAAAGUGUAUACCUUGUUUACGACUCACGACGCUGAAAACUGAUACCCUGCUCAGCAGCACGUGCACAUACCCGCGGUUAGGCCAAAUAAAAGAGUGCUCCCUCCGGGAGAUUUACCAGCAAAUCGAUUCAUUUUUGAGUGACGAAUGAGCGAUUUGACCAAUGACUUUACUUAACCACUAGUUAAAAAAGACUAGGAAAGCAGUAAAUUAAGCUCGACGUUUUUAAUCCCCAUUAACCCCUUUAAUCCAGUCGUCAUUUAAUCAGUUCACUAGUCUUACCUAUUAAGAGACCCAUUGCCCGGGACCCAUUGGCGUUGUUGACUGAAACGUACAGCAAGGAGGUCGGUACAUUGUAACACACAAACAUAAAUGGUGUCUAGAGAAGAAAAAUAAAUGCUAAGUAAACACUUUUCGAAAACGUAUUUGAAAUACGAUGAGGCACCAUGAUUUUAAGACUAGACAUCAAUGACAAAAAUCGUCUCCGAAAUAUUUUAAACCAUCGGAUAGAACUAUGGCCAAUUGCCGUCUAAUGGGUGAUAAUUGACUUCUACUUGUUUUAUAUUCUUUGCUUCUCAGUUUAGAUUUCUUUUAAAAUAAAUAAUACCAAUAUUCUUGGGGGCAAUUAGAGAGAUAAACCAAGCCAUAAGAAUAAUGGAGAGAGGGAUAAGAUAGUGUUUUGAAUACAAGCUCUGAUGGUUAUGCCAACGUAAUUGGCAAAAUUUUCAAUUGGCACACACAGUUAAUCCCAAGUAAAAAAGAAAAACUUGACUAAUUAGUUCUACUGAGUAUUGUAAUACUGAAGAGCCAUUCAAAAGCUUUUUUAACAGGGCGGUGUCAUGGUUUGUAUUUUGUAUCUAUCUUGGUGGACAUGUUAGGCCAGCAGAAGGUCGAAGCAUUUAACACUAUAAAGAGUGCGACAUUGUAAAGUAAACCGUGGAAUUUUUAACUAUGAGGCUCUAUAUCUUUCAAUGUCCAUACAUUACUGCCAUUGAUGGAGGUUUUCUUUUGUUUUUCAAAGGAAUAUACUUACAACAAUAGAAGGCACUUUUCAGUGAUUACUGCAGCAUUAGUGGCCGAGUAUUUGAGGGGGGAGGGGGUGAUUUGGGUCAAACAAGUACAUAUUUUUUUGUUUUCAAACCUACAACUGUGAUCAAUUUUUUUUCCUUAAUUAUUUGGCGUCAAUGUACGACCAUUACAGUAACUCUUACCAAUUUUUUUAUGCAAUAUUGUAUUCAUUCCACGCCUCUUGGAAGGAUUCUCACCUUCUGAAAUCAACCACCCCUAUCCCCACCCUGAUAAAAGGAAAAUGCUCCCCCUUAACAAAUGUCUUAGUCUGACAUAUGGCAUAGGUUGUUUACUUUACUAAUAAAUCGCGCCAGCGUUAAUUGAUGUAAGCACUCAAAGUUACAAUGAGUACUUUCCAAUGAAAAACUACUACAGUGGAACCCCGCCUUACGACCACCCCGUUUAUAAGACCACCUCGUUAUUACGGCCAUAUUCUUUCAAACCAAACGUAAAAACCAUUGAGUCAUUUUCUUAUUUUGAAGACCCCGUUAAUGCGACCACCUCGUUAUUACGACCAGGAUUUUAUGGCCCAACGGUGGUCGCAUUAACGGGGUUCCACUGUAUGAGAAUAGGCGACAGAAGGCGAUGCUAAGAUGAACAGGAACAAUUUUCCAUCUUUAAGUGAGGAGUUUGUACGUAUGCUCUCGAGAAAUGACAAACACAAUGAAGGCGAGGAAUCUUUUCAAACAAAGAAAGAAUUGUACUCUAUUUAUUUUCAAGAAGCCAAGUUGAGAAGAGAGCUUGACUUUCCAAUCGACGAAGACAAACCAAGUCCUUUUCGAACUUACCAAAGACUAGAUCAUGAACGUGCAGAAAGAAGAAAGUUCUUUUCGUUCAAUGGCCCAACAUUGAGAAGCAGGUCGCUUCCGAGCAUCUGUGACCCUGGUCUUACCACAAAUCGACAACAAUUGCUCCCAGCGACCAAGAGAGAAAUAUCCCAAACAAGAGUAGCUUCAAAGUGGCAAGAAUUAACCCAGAGUUUACAAAGUAUCAAAGAGGGAAACGUCGUUGACCAACGUUCGGGAAAGACAUCUUCUGGCGAUGAUUCUAAAAUCGACGCCAGCCGUCCUGUAACGAGACGAAAGAGCCGGUCGGACGCAAAGAGGAAGGCGCCGCAAAAAUGGAACGUAACUAUACAUAGACGAGUACCGAUAAUAAUUUAG